AUGCUCGUGAUCACAGCGAGUGAGAUCGUUGCAAUUGUCAAGCCAAUACUCGAAGGAAUCCAAUAUUUGGCUGAACGCGGGAGGGUGCUCGCCACUUUGACAAUGAAUACCAUUUAUUUCACUCAGUCGGGCAUGGUCAAGAUAGUUGGUGUCGAAGACAGCUGCGAGAUAGAUGCUCCAGAAAUGAAUGCUGCGACAAUGAAGCAGUCCGCUUUAGCGGAUAUUGUAAUCAAGCUGAUGGGAAAAUGCCAUCCGACGCAUGAGUGGCCUGUCGAGAUUGAAAAUCUACCUGAACAGCUUGAAACAUGCUCUUUGGAAAAGAUCUUGCAGGUGAGUCCCCCCCCCCCCUUUCUUCAGCGUAUCAAGGCUGAUGUCCCAGACAACCCUCUUUCAGCAAAAGCUACACCCAGAAGAGUUGAAGUUGCUUGUCAAUUUGACGAAUAA